GUCGGAGGCUGGAGGAAGACCUGAGCGCAGAAGAAGAAGAAGCAUCCUCAUCAUCUGUAGAAGAAGAAGGAGCAGCAGCAGGGUCAUCCUCCAACAGUCGCUCAUCACUGACAGCUGCUCAGGACCUCAGGUGUUCUUCCCCCUCACCUCCUCUGGCCUGACCGACCCACCAGCCCGUCACCAUGAACUACCUUCGCCGGCGCCUGUCAGACAGCAGCUUCGUGGCCAACCUCCCCAACGGCUACAUGAUGGACCUGCAGAGACCGACGCCGCCGGGUUCGUCCACUUCGUCUCCCGCCUCUCCGGCCACAGAGAGGCGGCAGCCCCCGAGCCUCCCGACCCAGCCUCAGGGCUCCGGAUCGGCCCCGGGCCCUGGUUCUGGCUCCGGUUCCGGCUCCGGCAGCUUCCUCAGCUCCUUCUCCAGCGUGGUGAAGAGCGCCCAGAUGGCCCAGAACGUGGCUGCCGCUGCUCACGCUAAAUCGGCGGCGGCGGCGUCUGCAGCUGAAGGCGCCUCUGCAGCAGGAAGUCAGCCGGCCAAAGCUGUGAUACGCAAACCCAAGAUCCUGCUGGUGAUCGACGAGCAGCACACAGACUGGGCAAAGUAUUUCCGAGGAAAGAAGCUGAACGGAGAGUAUGAGAUCCGAGUGGAGCAGGCGGAGUUCUCAGAGAUCAACCUGGCCUCCUACGUGAACUCUGGAUGUACGGUCGACAUGCAGGUGAACAAAGGUGGCACCAAAGUGGUCAGGUCCUUCAAGCCGGACUUCGUGCUGAUCCGCCAACACGCCUACAGCAUGGUUCCCGGUGAGGAUUUCCGGAACCUUGUGAUAGGGCUGCAUUUCGGCGGCGUCCCGAGCAUCAACUCUCUCUUCUCCAUCUACAACUUCUGCAGCAAACCCUGGGUGUUUUCUCAGAUGAUUAAGCUCUACCACUCCCUCGGCCCGGAGAAAUUCCCCCUGAACGAACAGACCUUCUAUCCCAACCACACACAGAUGGUUACAACUCCUACCUAUCCUGUGGUUGUCAAGAUGGGACACGCCCACGCCGGCAUGGGAAAGAUUAAAGUGGAAAACCAACAGGACUUUCAGGACAUCACCAGCGUAGUGGCGCUGGCCGGAACCUACGCCACCACCGAGCCCUACAUCCAGUCCAAGUACGACAUCCGCAUCCAGAAGAUCGGCAACAACUACAAGGCCUACAUGAGAACGUCCAUUUCUGGUAACUGGAAGGCAAACACAGGUUCAGCCAUGUUGGAACAGAUCGCCAUGACUGACAGAUAUCGGAUGUGGGUGGACUCCUGUGCCGAGAUGUUUGGCAGCCUUGACGUCUGUGCUGUGAAAGCCGUCCACGGAAAAGACGGCAACGACUAUAUCAUCGAGGUGAUGGACAGCUCCAUGCCUCUGAUUGGAGAACACGUGGAGGAGGACAAACAGCUGAUCACGGAGCUGGUUAUCAACAAGAUGGCCCAAGUGCUGCUGGGAGUUUCCACGCCUCAGCCUUCCUCUGUUAAGACCACACAGCCCAGACGAGGGGGACACCGCUCCGCCUCCGCCUCCGCCUCCGCCUCUCCAUCCCAGUCGGCCCAGGGCUCUCCUCAGAGAGCCCGAUCAGCCACCACCUCUCCCAGCCAGGCCUUCCAGCCAGGUCCCAUCCCAGCCUCCUCCGGACCUGGAGCUCAGAAACAGUCACCACAGCUGAACAAAUCCCAGUCGCUGACCAACACCUUCACAGAGACGUUACGAGGAAGCCUGACCGACGACGAGGCCAAAGCUGAGACCAUCCGCAGCCUCCGACAGUCCUUCGCCAGCCUCUUCUCCGACUAGAAGCUUCCUCGUCCUGUCGGUCGUCAGGUUUAAAAAGAUAAAACAAACAAAAAAAACCCCACAAGAAACCCAACUACUUAAUCUGUUACAGAGUCGCCUCUGUUCUCCAAACCUCAAGUCCUUUGGUCCUCCUCCAUGUUUGUGAAGUUUAACACCUGGUGCAACCCGCUGUCCUCAGACCAACGAUGCAUUUAACACUAGAAAGGCCAAUAAGAAGAGAUGUCAUCGAGUGUAGGUGCAGAAAUAAACCAAACUCCAUCCAUUUUUCCACAACUUUCACUGUUUUCUGUUACUUCUUUGCCAUUUAUGCCACUUAUAAACCAAUGAAAAUCAGUUUCCACCAUUAUUCUGUCAGUCUUUAUCUACAUUUUCCUCCUUAAACCCGUAAUAUUUAGUGUUUUUGUGAAGCAUGUUAGAGAACUGAUACAUUUUGUUGCUGUUAAAGUUGAAAAGCAUCAACUGAAAGUUCAGAUUGGCCUUUCUAGUGGUAAAUUAUGUCCGUAAAUACUCAUAUUCUAGCUCGUACUGCUUGAUAUUUAGUCGUUAUUCUGCAUUGUCUUCGUCCAACCGGUGAAACUUUUUCUGUGUUCACGCUUCUACACUUGUUUGCAUCUACCGUCAUUCUUUUAAUUGACACGCAGCUUCCGAAAUAGAGAUAUCUACGGCAAUAUCCGCCUAACUUAUGAAGAAAAACGAAUCCUCACGGUUCACCAGCGAUCUUCUCGAAGCAUCUCAGCCAGCAGACGCAUCUCUCAGACAUCGGUGUGCUGUAGGCGCAUAUUGGCUCCUCUACCUUGGCCUAACAUUUACCAAAGUGCUUUUUAAUAAAACAUAGAAAAAACACCCCCAUCCCUUUUCACCUCCUGCACUGGGUCAAGAAAACAGCUAAACCUCUGUGAUUUUUACGAGGUGCAAACGCUGUACUGGUUUACAACCGUCGUCUUCCAUCCCAGCUCAGAUCUUCUCCUGCAGCCGUUGCUUUUCUUAACGUUUUGUGCUUGCUGAAUAGCACUAUGAAGUAUUUGUGGUGGGGGGGGUUUGUACCAUAACUUCUACUGCUGGGUCUCUGAAGGCGAACAGUGAGGAUGGAAUAUUUUGAGACUUAAAUUUUCCACUGAGACAGAAAACGGUUUUGCUUGUUUAACAUCUUCUAGCAGUUUCAGCUGUGAUUGUAGAUAAUUCAUCGUUUUAUUGUUUUUUUUUUUGUUUGUUUGUUUGUUCUUUGGUCUGCAGCAGCUGGAACAUACACUCAUGUAUGUUGUAACUGCAGUGGGAGCAGAUUUCUGCAUGUAAGUGAAUGUUGUAUGUAGAGUUGAACUGUUUUUGUUCUUUUUAUGGAAAACCAACAGAAGCUCAUGAUUUCAAUUUGUUACCGUUAUGUUAGUUAUUCUACGGGAACUCUCAUUCAUUUACAACUCCUUAGAACGUUCCCUGGAAAGAAAAAUGAUUGGUUUUUUUGUUCAGAUUAUAGUGAAAUUACAUUAUAGAGAAAGUACUCUGAGCCUGUUGUAGAUGGAUUUUCAGAUGUAAAGAUGGAAUGUUCAAACACAACAGAGCCUUGAAAGAAAAAUUCUGAUUCAAUGGAUGAAAAACAGACAAAUAUCCCUUUUGUUUUGAGAAUUUUAUUUAAACUGUGCCAUAUGCUACAACUUUGUUUUCUUCUUUUACCAACUGUCUUAAUUUUCCUUAUAAUUAGUACCAAAAUAAGUCUAUUUUUAAGCAAUUAGAAUACUAAUUAAAUGCUAACGUUAAUUGCUAGCAAGCAUUUCUUUUUCCAAAAUAGUCCCUCAGUGCAAAUGCUGUCGCAUCCAGCUCACAGAAGCAGACAAACUGCAUAUUUGGCUUUCAAUGCAGAGCACAAUCACAAUCUGAUGAUCUAUAAAUUGGUCCUUUUGCAGGAAAUUAUCAAGAUGCCUGGUAGUUAGCUCCAUAAUUAUAUUUCCCUCCCUGUCUAUUUAAUCAAUGAUGUGUACAAAAACAAAUGUAAUUAGACUACAGAGCGUAGAAAUAGGAUCUUUGAAUGUCUGUGAGCAGUAUUCAGGAGUUUAAAAGGACCUGUUAUGAUCAGUAAUAAUAAUAUUAAUAAGAAGAAUAAGAAUGGCCCCUGUUUUACAGUAAAAUUUAUUCAAAUGCAUGAAGGUGUAUAAAGUUUUGUAGUGGUGUGUGUGAGAGUGUAUGUGAGUCUAAAGUUGUAAAGUUGCUGUGAUUAUGAUAAUACCACAAAAAAAUUUCCUUUGCAAUAACUGUAUUAAUAAUAAGUUUGACACCAUUUUCAUUUUAACUAUGAAACUUGACACUUUAGGAGAAGCUUUUAUUUUUUACCAAAUAUUUAUUUGGGACUUUGCCUUCCUGUCUCUCUGGUGAAAACUUUUUUUUAAAGAAGAAAAAAAAUUGUUUUACUUUUACGAACAGCUUCGCUGAAGGCAGAAACGAUCUGAUUGGCUGCAUAAAUCAGCAGUGGGCGGGGCUACAGAAUCCCAGGUGUUAGCUUAAUUACUGCUGCUCAUGAUUUCUGGUCUUACAAGGUAAUUAUUCAGUUUACAGGCUGAACGGUGAUAGAUUUUUUGUGAAAUAGCAGGUCCUUGACUAGCUAGCUUGAUGAUUAUCAGCUAGCAUGAUAACGGUUGCUAACUGGAUAGCUAAUUACGCUAACGUCAGUUCUACAGCCUGAUUUUACUUCAUGUUUCCAAUUCAGUUGGUACAGAAUAGCGAUUAAAAACAGGGUAUUAUGCUAAAUGACUGAAGCGAAACCCCAUCAGAUGCUAGAAAAAAGUCACAAUACAAAUAAAGACAGGAUUGUUCCUGUGUCAUAGUGCUAUUUAUUGCAAAUUAGCUGUACACUGUUAGUUUAGUCAACAUUAGUUUGACUAAACACUGUUUAGCUGCUUAGCUUGCAAACUUUGAGAAAAUAUGCUUCACAGUUUGUAUAUUCAGACUAUGUUCCAAUUUAGUCUUUUGAAAUGAAAACAAAGCAAUAUUUUUAACAAAUGCAAUGUUUUUCAGGGUUUCUUAACUUUUGAAUUCCCAAAAUCUAAUAGUCGGACAAAGUAGGUUUACUGUCAACCAGAUAGCUGUUGUUAUGCAAUGUUGUUAAACCCUGAAAAUAGAAGCUAUCACAGGUUUUCCACUGUAGGCAGUGAGCUGUUUCCUUUUUCGUGCUAAGAUUAGCUGUUAGUCACUGUUAGUCAAUUUAAAUUCUUUUAACUGAUGAAAUAGAAGAUGUGUAGUUUAAGUGUCAGAAAAUGUUGUAGUUUGGCUGUAGUAACUGGCUGUGCCACCAGGUGGUGCCUCUUCCUGUUUAAUGAGAUGGAGUUACAGGUGUGUUUGCUGACUGCCUGUAAUGUUUACAUUAAACAAACAUCUUUCUUGCUCUCUAACUGAUAACUCUGGCAGUCAUGUUGAUGAACUGUGUAGCAUAAAGCUAUAAAAAUGUAGCUCUGUGGUUUAGACUUAUGCUAAUGCUAAGCUAAGAUACUGAAAUGCUAACAGGCUGGGAGCUUAGUGUCUGUCAGCAGAGAGCAGCAGCUUCAACCAACGUUUGGAUCUAAUGAUGAUAUCAGUGAUAUCUCUGAGUAUAAAUACCUUUUAGAGGCAGCAGUAAGUACUGACAGAUUUCCUGGACUGAUGAAGUUUCUACAGCAGUAUUUGUGCACAUCUGUUCAAGUUGAGCAUCAAUCCAUCGUGUAGAUCAGCGACGAGGAUUAUGUUGAUAUCAAACUGCUGUGAUGAGAAGUAUCAGUGGGUAAUACGCUUUUAUGGAGAAACGUUCACUGUAAUUCAUUUUAACAAUAAAUUGAUUAUUGAUUGUUGACAUAUAAAAUAGUUCAAAUUUGCAUCCUGAAGACUCAUUUAAAAUCACUCCACCCUCUUUGCAUUUGGAUUAUUGCUUUUACAGUCAAACACAGAAAUCUUCAGCACAUAAAUCCAAAGUUUGCUGUUCGGCUUGGUGAACUGAAGCAGCCUUUUAUAGCAAUAGCUGUGGUUCUUUAGCUUCCUGCAGUCAUCGAUUGUAGUUAUUCUGCCUUUGAGGGUUGUUUGUAAAAGUAAAAGUUCAGUUCUACAAUCAGAUUCGUCUCUGAGUCAAUGCAACCUUUUGUCAUUGAGCACUUUUGCAAGCAUUUCAUAACCUUUGGCACUGUGUCAAGAAGGACCAAAUUAGCAUCUCAUUGUGAGACCCCUUGAAGGUUUAAAUCAUAUCGUUGUGUCUUUAUUGUAGAGAAUAUUAUCACGUAGUGUGUGAUACUGCAGUGCGAUAAGCCAUAACCAAACCAUGAGGAUUUACUGUCCCUUAUGUGCCACGCAAUAAUGGCUGUGACAUCACUGAUAAACUGACAUAUUGAUCACUGUGUCCAUGGCCUGUCCUGCCCUGCAGAGACAAACAGCAGUUACUGUUUUUGAUUUUGAGUUAAAAAUUGUGAUACCACAGAGUUUAAUUAUUCGCUCCUCGUCCUUCUGCCAGGAUGAAAGACAAACCUUGAUGUCACUUUUCUCCGUUUUACCGCACUUUGGGUUUAAAAUGCAGUUUAGGAUCUUGCUGAUGCCAUAUGUGUACUGAUCUGUUCAGUCAGAUUGUAAUCAAUGACCAGACGUCAGCGUAGAUUUGCUUGUUUAACUCACUUGGCUGCUUUAGCUUGACACACCGGAUUCAUUUAUUUGUUUUUGACUCAAUUGGAAAUGAGGUGCAAAGUUUACUAGUAACUACCUCAAGUUCAGCAGUGCUCUGCAGAAACUGACUACAGAGUGGUAGUACUGGACAAGGUUUUGUGAAAUGAGCACAGUUCCCUUCACCAAAAACUACAAAUAUAGUGUCUGAGGUGUCAAACCGAGGAUGAUCAGCAUCUGGAUUUCAUGUAACAUCCAAGAGUCCAGGUGUGCUGCAUGUAAGGACUACUCUACUCUACAAACACCUUCUUCUAUAAGUCUUAAUGUCCCCUUAAUGGACAUAUAUUUAGUUUCAUAGUUCUGUGUGCAACAUUCAGGAACACUGGAUGUCACUAGAGCACCAUCAUUUCAGGGAAAACAAACAGCCCCCCCAUGCCAUAUCGAUGCCAGUUGUUUUCUUUGGGUUCAGAAAUACCAUAUUACUGUUUAUUGAUUUGGAGGAACAGUUCAGAGAUCAUUUCCCACAAUAAAAAUAAUAAGGCUUGAAGAGAGGUGUGUUUUUGGUAUUUCGUCCAAUCACAGCACCAGUUCUGCUCAAAAACUUUCACAGUGUUCUUAGAAUUUGUGCUCAUUUCACUAAACAUUGUGAGACAGAGUUGCAUGGCUUUAUCCCCAUCACAUGGUUUCAGUUGAAUAUGUCACAUCAUUUGGAGAAAAGGCAAUACUCUGCUCCAGUUUUGUGUUUUGGAUCAUGACAUGGUAGAGCUGUCAGGAUCCACUCUGGGUGUGUUGAAGCGAUAAAUAGCCUAACACUGAAUUAAUAUGCAGCCACAGAGACUUGCCAUUGAAUACAGCUAAUACUGCAAGCUAACUGGCGUCCACUUUUAACGUGGCGCAUGUACACGAGAGAAAUAAUGUCAUUGCACGGGUUUAUUUGCCGAUCUUUCAGCCCACUGUGUCCCUUCCUCUCUGCUGAAUGGUGGGUGGUAUUGUUUGGUACUUUCAGUGUAUUAACGUUCUGUAUAUUGGUGUAAAUGUGGCAUGAAAACCGACCCCUCUUGUGUGCCUCAGGUGUGUAAAUUUGGUCGUUACGUGAUCUCAGUGUCUGGCUGCUUAUUUGUGAGAAGUGCGAUGCAUCUCAUGUGUUUCUGUAAUUUAUUUGUAUUAAUAUUAUUUCUGUACUUUUCUUCUUUUGUCUGAAAAUCAAGAUUUCUGUUAUUAAAAGUAACAACUUUUAUUAAACCCA